UAGAAGAAACUUAACCUAAUCUCAAUUGAGUAGUAGUUCCCCCGUUGAAACUUCCACCUUUCGAAUUACCGAUAGAAGGAAAAACGAAACAGAAAUUUUGCGAAUAUAAUCUUGGCUUUUAUCGUUAUAAUUCUAGAGAAUAUUGUCUAGAGGUUUUCUAAUUCAUUCUUAUGCAUAACCUAACCUAAUCGCAAUUAAGAAAUGGUUCCCGUUCAAACUUCCACGUUUCGAAUUAGUGAUGAGUGGAAAAACGAAACGGAAACUCCGCGAAUAUAAUAUUGCCUUUUAUUGUUACAAUUCUAGAGAAUAGUAGAGGUUUUCUCGUUCAUUCUUAGCGUAACUUGCGGCACCGACGAUUUAAACGAUUAUUAUCAACACUGUGUGCCGGCGGUGUCGACCGAGAUGUCAAAUUUGUUUUACGGUCUGAUUAUAAUACUCGGAUUCACAGUUUUCAACGCUGAAUGUUCGAAUGGAGACAGAUCAACUUACUACAGAGAAUGCCUUCGAAAAUGCUACACGAUAAACUGCACUACAGACAUGAGCUUCAAGGAAAGCGCACCUCUGGAUUUAAGGCUAUUAUUAUGGACAUGCGACGACAACUGUCGUUACAUUUGCAUGUGGAAAACCGUAGACUAUUUUGCUUCUCAAGGCUGGAACAUUCCUCAAUUUUAUGGAAAGUGGCCAUUUGCUCGAAUGCUGGGCCUACAAGAGCCGGCUUCUGUAAUAUUUUCCAUACUAAACUUCCAAGUGCAUUACACGAUGUACAAAAAGUUUAAACAGGCUAUAAGACCUUCCAAUCCUAUGAAAUUAGCCUGGAGUUACUUUAGCAUUGUGUGCAUGAAUGGGUGGAUCUGGUCUACAGUGUUUCAUGCACGUGAUAAAACUUUCACAGAAGUGAUGGAUUAUUCUUGCGCAUUUGCCAUGGUUCUAACUUUUUUAUACUGUGUGAUGUUACGCAUAGCAUUGGAAAACUAUAGAGCAGUCAUUUUUGUAACUUGCGGAUAUUUGACCGUACUCUAUACACAUCUGUCUCAUUUAUGGUCUGGGAAAAUAAAUUACGGGUAUAAUAUGAAGUUCAACCUGGCCCUUGGACUCCUCACAUUCCUCGUGACAAUGGCUUGGUGGUAUCGCAACCGAAAAGAACUUGAACACGCAUCAUUGAUUGCCUGGUUCAAUAUUGGGACCGUUUUAGUUACGUUACUAGAAGUUGCCGACUUCCCUCCAAUUCUGUGGACACUUGAUGCCCAUUCCUUAUGGCACGCUUCCACCGUACCACUGGCGAUACUUUUGUAUCGAUUCAUCAUUCAAGACUGCAAACAUUUACAAAAAUUGGCAGAGAAGAUUUAAUUGAAUACCGAUUGUAUUCCGUUAAAUAGCGCCGCUAUCAGAAGAUUGGAACUUGAAUCAAAGUUAUCAUUAUUUUGAUUAAUUCAUCUUGGUUACUUUUUUUUUAGAGCAAAAAAGAUUUCAUGCCCAUCACUGAAUCGCGACGUUAAACGAGUAACCGAAAUUUCGUUCAAUUUGGGAAGUUUCAAAUUUAACAAGUUUUAUUUUUAAAUUAUUAUAAAUGACCAGUUAUCUUUUAGCGCGACU